GUUGUAAAAAUGUCGACACUGUUUUCAGCCCGUGAAGGCAUCACCACAGCCCCAGUCGGCUGGAAGGAUACACGGAUCAGGCUGCCGCUGCCAGCUAUGCAAUGCCUCCUUUUACACAUGAACCCUGGGCAUAGGCACCUUCUGAGUGCCACGGUCAACCCCUCGUAUUCUUUCAUCAUUUGCGACAAGCUUCUGUAGAGAGCUCCCAAAGGACCCAGGAUACCCGGUAGAGACCGGACCAGGGGCUUUAUGUUUACCGAAGCAAAGCUGGAGAGGCAGCUGGAGCCAUGGGUUUUUCCCUCCACCUUCGAUGAACUGAACUAAGCUGGACCCAAACAACUCAGCCAACCUGACCCGGCCUACAGGGGGGACUCUGCUCUCCCCAUCGCCCUCUCCAGCUAUGGCAGGCUUCAAGCGGGGCUACGAUGGCAAGAUUGCUGGGCUAUAUGACCUGGACAAGACGCUGGGCCGUGGCCACUUUGCCGUGGUCAAGCUGGCACGCCACGUCUUCACUGGGGAGAAAGUGGCGGUGAAGGUGAUCGACAAGUCUAAGCUAGACACCGUUGCUACAGGCCACCUCUUCCAGGAGGUCCGCUGCAUGAAGCUGGUCCAGCACCCCAACAUUGUGCGCCUGUAUGAAGUUAUAGAUACUCAGACUAAGCUUUACCUCAUCUUGGAGCUAGGGGAUGGUGGGGAUAUGUUUGACUACAUCAUGAAACAUGAGGAGGGUCUGAAUGAAGAGCUUGCUAAGAAAUAUUUUGCCCAGAUUGUCCAUGCUAUCUCCUACUGCCAUCGGCUGCACGUGGUGCACAGGGAUCUUAAGCCAGAGAAUGUGGUGUUCUUUGAGAAACAAGGGCUCGUCAAGCUCACCGACUUUGGAUUCAGCAACAAGUUUCAACCGGGGAAGAAGCUGACGACCAGUUGUGGAUCUCUGGCAUACUCCGCCCCGGAAAUACUGCUGGGUGAUGAGUAUGAUGCUCCAGCCGUAGAUAUCUGGAGUCUCGGUGUGAUCCUGUUCAUGUUGGUAUGCGGCCAGCCCCCUUUCCAGGAAGCCAACGACAGCGAGACUCUCACCAUGAUCAUGGACUGUAAAUACUCGGUUCCAGACCAUGUGUCCAGCGCCUGCAAAGAUCUGAUAGACCGCAUGCUUCAGAGGGAUCCCAAGCACCGGGCCUCCCUGGAGGAGAUCGAGGGCCACGCCUGGCUGCAGGGGGUCGACCCCUCCCCAGCCACCAAGUUCAACACUCCCCUGGUGUCCCACAAGAACCUGUCGGACGAGGAGCACAACAGCAUCAUCCAGCGCAUGGUGCUGGGAGAUAUCGCCGACCGAGAGGCCAUAGUGGAAGCCCUGGAGACCAACAAGUACAACCACAUCACAGCCACGUACUACCUGCUGGCAGAGAGGAUCCUGAGGGAGAAGCAGGAGAAGGAGGUGCAGACCCGCUCCUCCAGCCCCAGCAACACCAAGGCCCACUUCAGGCAGUCGUGGCCCAGCAGGGUGGACAUGCACCAGGACAUCGAGGACAGCCUGGCAGCGUCCUCCAUCUCCCACGCUGGGGGCCCCCAGUCCCCCGCCCGCAGCAUAGAGAGCCUCCUCAACGGGCACCGCUCCAAAGGCCUGCUGCACCUGGGCCGACGAGACGAAACGGUGUGUGACUCAGCGCUGGCUAAGGGAGCCUGUGCUGCUGGGACCCCCAGGGCCCCCGCACCAUCCACCUCAGCAGCAGCCAAGCAGAGAGGCUGCCUCUUCAGGUUGGCGGAGGAUGAAGAGGAUGAGGAAGAGCAGGACCCGGCCACUAUCCACAGCCAGGUGGUCCUGAGGCGUAAGCCCCCCUCCAUCACCAACCGCCUCACCUCCAGGAAGAGCGCCCCGGUGCUCAACCAGAUCUUCGAAGAGGGGGAGUCGGACGACGACUUCGACCUGGACGAGGGUCUGCCGCCCAAACUCAGCCGUCUGAAGAUGAACAUGGCAGGCAACGCGGCCAACCUGAGCUCCGGGGCCUCCCCAGGGGCCACACACAAGCGCUACCACCGCCGCAAGAGCCAGGGGAGGGGGUCCUCGUGCUCCAGCUCUGAGACCAGCGACGACGACUCGGAGAGCCACCGCCGGCGCCUGGACAAAGACUCAGGCUUCGGGUACGGCUGGAACCGGAGAGACAGCAGCGAGGGGCCGCCCGGCAGCUCGGGGGGCAACGGGGGGGGCAGCAGCUCCGGGCCCAGUGAACCUUCUGGGGAGGGAGGGGGGACCUCCGGCCCAGACAAGGGGAGUCCUCCUGGAGGUAACGGAGGAGAGGGUGGUAACGGAGGAAGCGGGGGAAGCGGCGGAGGGGGGAGUGGGGGAGGAGGGGGGGAUAGUAAAGGACAGGACAGUCCCUCCAGCUGUUGUCACAACAGCAGGAGCACGAACCCCUCCCUCAGCACGGAGCUGGUGGAGAGCCUGAAGCUGAUGAGCCUGUGCCUCCGGGGCCGAGGGGGGGGGGAGUUCCUCUUUGAUCCUCGCAGCCUCCCGGGGGGGACCGUGAAGAUCCAGGAGAAGUCUGCGUGGAGGAUGUGCAUCGGCUCCACCGGGAGCCUGGACACCAUCACCCUCCCCGCCACCGCCCUGCCCCGCCCCCACGCCCCCCACCGCAAGACAGCGGCGCACGGCCCCCCCGGCAGCAGGCACCCUCACAGCAGCCUGAGCGCUCUGAAGAACGGGGUGCUGCAACUACCUCUGUGUGAGAAGACCCUCUCUGUGAACAUCCAGCGGGGGGGGGGCUCGGCCCCCGUCAGCUGCUGCCAGGUCAUCUGAGCGGAGAGCAGCUCUACAUCCAGGUGUUCAGUAGCUUUCUGUUUGUAACCCCCCCCCCCCCAGGUGGGAGGAACAACACGUUUUUUUGCUGAGUAUGCGGAAAACAUGUAUUACAUUUUUGAGCAUUGAGUAAAUAUAUGAAAAGAAAAGAAAGGUUCAUUUGAAGAGGCCAAAAUAGUCAUUUUAGAGGGAAAAGUAUAAAAUACAUUUUAAUAUCAAGACUAGUAAUUUUACAAAAAAACAUAUUUUGAGUCUAAACUGUCAUUUAAAAAAAAGUUUCAAUAAUUCAAUUGAAAUCCAUAAUUCUGAGGAAGAAUUGGUAUAUUUGUAUAUCUUACAUUUAAAUUGUCACUUUAUUCUCAAAACACUGGAUCUUUUCUGUUUGUCUCUCAGAACGUAUUCCCUGACUCUCUGUGGUACAGCUGACUCAGCAGAGCCCCCCCACCCUUGGAACUGGGAAUACAUUUCUGAGUUCACGAGUUGUCUUUUAUAGAAGGGAAGAGAGAAAGUUUUAAUUUUGACUCCAGUUUGGAUUCAGUGUUGCACUUGGACGAUGUGUUUCCUGAUGUUUUAAAGCUGUACCUCUCCCAGAGACAUUCUGUCAGAGACAUUCUGAGCCCUUUCCAUCUGACUUUGAUAAAGGAGCUGCUCCUUUAUCAAAGUGCACUCCUCUGCAGCGACACAAUCUUUGGACACGUUACUGCUGACCACAUGUCGAGAUGAGCUGUUCUUAUUUUUUUAUUCAUAUUCCAGUGUUUUGCUGACGGAGCGUUACGUGUGUCUGGUUUGACCUCUGCUGGCUCCCUGCAGCCCACCUGUAUAUACAGUCUGUUGAAAGUAGAGUUUAUUUUUAAAUCCUGUACAUUUCUUUGGAGCGAUGUGCUGUUGGGACAUGUGAGGGGUGAUGCUGUUGGGACAUGUGAGGGGUGAUGCUGUUGGGACAUGUGAGGGGUGAUGCUGUUGGGACAUGUGAGGGGUGAUGCUGUUGGGACAUGUGAGGGGUGAUGCUGUUGGGACAUGUGAGGGGUGAGGCUGUUGGGACAUGUGAGGGGUGAUGCUGUUGGGACAUGUGAGGGGUGAUGCUGUUGGGACAUGUGAGGGGUGAUGCUGUUGGGACAUGUGAGGGGUGAUGCUGUUGGGACAUGUGAGGGGUGAUGCUGUGUAGCAGGAGGGGCUCACAGUCAGCUAAAGAGAGCAUCACAUAAAGGGGAGGGGGACGGGGGACUCUUGAGGGCAUUGGCAAUAAGCGGUGUGUUGCAGCUAUCUGUACAGAAACUUUUUUUAUUAGUUUUAAUUGUUUUGUUUUUGUAUUCCAACAUUACAGCAGAGGGUUAAGGCCACAUGGGACUUUUUUAUAAUUAGGGUCUGACCAACAGUAAUUAAAAAAAUGUUCUUUAUUCUAAGAUUAAAGUGAGUUUUUCAGUUUGUUUAUUUAUUCUAAUUUAAAUUCUAACUUAAAUCUCAGAAUUGUGAAUUGAGAAUCAGAAUUCUGACUUAAUUCUUCAAAUUCAUCCAUUUUUUUUCUCUGAAUUUUCAGAUUAAAGUGAGAAUUCUUAGGACAAAAAGGUCAGAAUUUGGAGAAAAAGUCUAUAUUUUCCUCUGAAUUCUGAAGAAAACUCAAUAUUUUCUUCAGAAUUCAGACUUCAUUCUCAAAAUUCAGACUUUUGAAUUUUUGACAGAAUUCAGACCAUUUUCUCAUAAUCCUGAUUUAAGUCCAAGAAGUCAAAAAAAUGAAUUCAGUUUGGUCAGAUUGAAAAUGUGACCCUAACCUUCUUCCGUACUACAUAGCCAUGUUUGACUGAAGAGAAAAAAGGAACGCUGUUUGAAAUGUCUUUUUAUCUUUGUUUUUGUUCCUUUUGGAAACCAGUGUAAAUGGAGUUGUAAAUAUGGUGCUCUUUCUCAGAGUGGACACUUUGGUGCAUAGCUGUACAGUAAUCUAGCCUUAUGAUAAUUAGUAAUACUGUAUGGGUGUCCUCUUCAUACCGUCAGUCUGUGUGACUGCUCUGUUUCCAGGUGAAUGACGUGCAUGUGUUUCAGUGUUCAGCGACACACAGGAGAGACUCGCCACAGACGCUACUGGACCAAAAAGCAGCAGAAAAAAAGAGUUGCGACGGAAUAUUCAGUGUAUUAUACCUGUUGAUACCUGUUGUCAGAAGUUACACUUAGCUAUGGUGAUAUCUAAAAAUAAAAUGUGGAAUACUGUC